CUUCUCCCGUUCCCCCUCCCGUUCCUUCUCCCGUUCCCCGCCGCUCCCGGGCUGGAUCCGCAUCCCACAUCCCAUACCCCGCACCGCUGCCCCCCAGCCCCGGAGUCCCGCAGCCUCCCGCCGCCGGGGACCCCCCCGCGCCCGCCCCAUGGGGAAGAGAGGAUGGCCUCCUAGAGCCCACCCAGCUGCUGCCUGCUCUGCCUGGACCAAGAGGAAGGCCUGUGUCCAGGGGCAACGAUGAGAGCUCCAGAGUGUGCCUGAGGCCUCUGCUGCUGCCCAAGAUGCUCAACAAGUCUCGAGGGAAGCUGCUGGGGGUGCUGGCGCUGUUCCUGGUGAUGGUUUGGUACUCGAUCUACCGGGAGGACAGCUUCUACUUCCCGGUGCAGGACAACAGAACCUCCUGUCCCCUGGGGGAGGUGGAGAGGAAGGCGCCGCAGCUGAUCGGGAACUACUCCAGGGCACAGCCUCUCUUCCUGCAGCUGCGGGACUACUUCUGGGUGAAGGCUCCAUCGCUCUACGAGCUGCCCUACGGCACCAAGGGAAGCGAAGAUGCCCUCCUGCGCCUGCUCUCCAUCACCCACUACUCCCUGCCCGACAGCAUCCAGAGCCUGAGCUGCCGCCGCUGCGCGGUGGUGGGCAAUGGGCACAGGCUCCGCAACAGCUCCAUGGGGGACACCAUCGACAGCUACGAUGUGGUCAUCAGGUUGAACAACGCCCCGGUGCAGGGCUACGAGCAGGACGUGGGCACCAGGACCACCUUGCGCCUCUUCUACCCAGAGUCUGCCCACUUCAACCCGCGGGCAGAGAACAACCCUGACACCCUGCUGGUGCUGGUGCCCUUCAAGCCCAUGGACUUCCUGUGGAUGGAGGCCAUCCUCAACGACAAGAAGAGGGUGCGGAAGGGCUUCUGGAAGCAGCCCCCCUUGAUCUGGGAUGCCAACCCGGAGCAGGUGAGGAUCCUCAACCCCUACUACAUGGAGGUCACUGCUGCUAAGCUGCUCAACCUGCCCAUGAGGCAGCCACGGAAGGUCAAACAGAAGCCCACCACAGGCCUCUUGGCCAUCACCCUGGCGCUGCACUUCUGCGACCUGGUGCACAUCGCAGGCUUUGGCUACCCGGACUCAGCCCAGGGCAAGCAAAGCAUCCACUACUACGAGCAGAUCACCCUCAAGUCCAUGGCCGCGUCGGAGCACAACGUGUCCCGCGAGGCCGUGGCCAUCCGGAGGAUGCUGCAGCUGGGGCUGGUGAAGAACCUCACCUACUUCUGAGGGCACCCUGCGGGCACGCCGCGGCCAGGCGCCCCCCGGCACCGCGACUGGGCGGGGGGGGGGCCCAGGCUGGCCUCUGGGUCCCCCCUGGGUGUUGCUGGGGGGUGGGGGGCGCAGGGAGCUCCCCUCCCCCCCCCCGGGCACAUCACCUCCUGCCAGCCACGCACUGAAGCUUGCCAGGACCUGCAGAGGACUCGGGGGGCUGUGGGGUCCCCCCGGCAGGCCUGGGGGGGCCGCGGGGGGCACAAGCUCAGGCCCUGAGCUUGACCCCUCCCGUGCAGACGAUGGCCCCAAGGAGGGGCUGAUUCUGGGGGGUCCUGGGACCUCCCCUCAGGGAGCAGCACCGGGGGGGGGCUCUGUCACCUCCUCCCUGCCCUGCUGUCGCCCCCUCCCUCCCCUCCCCCCCCGAUAUUUCCUUCCCCCUCCCUCUUUUUUAACUCGAUGUUGUUUUUAUGGGGUCCCCUCCCCUGCCUGAGCGCUGGCGUUGGGGGGGGCUUGUCACCAUGGCCCCCCCGGGCUGGGGGCACCCCUGGGCUCUGCCAGCCUCCCCCCCCCCCGCUGGAGGAGGAGGAGGAGGAGGGGAGAGGUUUAAUUUAAUUAAUUUAAUGAUUAUUUAUCA